CUUCCCAUGCCUGCAUGAACACAGGUUACCAGGCCCGAUGCUGACUUUCAGGCCACGCGACAUCAGCUCAACACAAGAUAAGCACAUUUUUUACUUGCGUGGCCCGUGCUCAAAAUUCCAGUCGCGUUGGUUCGUCCGUCGAGACAGAAAUCAAGUCGACCCCAACGAAUGGAGAGCGAGGGAGGCCGCCUCAAGUGACGGAACGACUGACUCACCGACCGACGGUCUCUCUCUCUCCACGACCCAUCAAGCUUCAGCACGCCACCAAACAUCAAAAGCUCAGCUCUCACUCUCACAAAGAAAGUCGACAGUAUACGGGCUUCUUUCAUCACACUUUCACGAUAGACACCAUGAAUCGUUUCGUCUCAUUCCGCACCUUUGCAACGAGCCCGCUCGUCCGCCAGGCUGCGCCCACGCAGGCUACAGCCGCCACUUCUACCGUGGCAUCCACUGUGAACAGCGCCGCCGCGUCGUCUUCUGGCAAGCGCGUAGCGAUGAUGCCUACGGCCAGCAAGGUCAAUGGACAGACGGGCAUGACGCCUUCUGCCUCGACGGCGUCGGCCACCAAGGAUGCAGGUGUAGAUGUCCAGCCGAGCUUCGACGAAGUUCUCGCCGUCGGCAGUGUCGUCUCCCAGGGAGAAGCUCAAAAGGUCAUCCGCGCUGCUGAGAGCGUCUAGAAAACCCCAGACGCCGCGUCCUGCAACAGUCUUGCAACUUUCGUCGUCGGCGCGGCA